AGAAUAAAAAGGGAAAAUGGAGUGGGCGACGCCGCGCGUUGGCCAACAGGCUCAUUUCGACAGCGAUUUGGGCGAUCGAGACGGGCCGAGCGCUCGUCGUCGCCGACGUCGGAGGUGUAGGCCAUAGGCCAAGUCCGAGAUCUGCGACCUCCUCGCCUUUACCACUGCCACCGACAACAAAGCUUAUUCUUCAUCGUCCUCUGAUCCUACUAUUACUGUUACUAUAACUACCACUAUCCAGUCGGUCGAAUGGAGUCGAAUCUCUUUUAAGAUGAGAGAUAGAGGCUACCGACGCUCACCAGAUGGUUGUAGAGAGAAAUGGCGAAGUCUAGUUCGCAAGCUCAAGAAUAACCAACAUCACAAUCACCAACAUUCUCGCCCCCCAUCCCCGUUCUUCAGAGACUCCACAUUCGAUUCCUAUCAUCUCAACCUCGAAACCCUGCAACCAAUCCCUAAAGGCUUGGAGUCAUCCACUAUAACUCUUCAGAGAUCAGAGGGAGAUGGGCAAAGUACAAACUCUGUGUUGUCUCAAGAAUGUCCUUCACAGAGUGGAAGAAGCGCAUGGGGUUGGAGAGAUGACAACUCUGCUGAUGUGCCUCAAUGGGACAGUAGCAUGGGCUGCUAUCCUAUUUCUUCUCCACUUCCUGCAGGGCAUGUCAUUAUUGUAAAAUGGGGAGAGAUCACUCGCAGAAUAGGAAUUGAUGGAUCUGCAGAUGCCAUCAAGGAUGCCAUUAGAAGUGCUUUUGGGCUGAGGUCAAAACGGCCUUUUUGGGUUGAAGAUGAUGAUGGUGUUGUGAGGAGUUUCGAUCGUGCCAUGCCGCAAACUACUUAUACUCUUCAUAUUGAUCCUGGUGUUACAAUUAAGCUUUAUCACUACGAUGAAUGCAAUGGGCAGGCAAUUAGUAGUGAAGAUGCAACCUUGUACUGUGAAGAUGAUUUCCAUGAACUUCUGACCCGUAAUGGAUGGCAAUCAUUGAGAGAGGUUGGGACCUACAAAGAUGUGGAGUCUAUACAGGAUCUUAGGCCCAUGGCAUCAUACCACAGUAGUGGCAUCAAGGAAUUGAACAUGUGAUGUUUUUGCAAGUUCACAUUGUUUAGGAUGUUCGUUCCCUGUGAGCAUUGGAAACCCUUGAAUUAUAGCAUUGAAUCUCUUGGAAAAUGAUGGUUGUAAGGAAAUAUCUAUAAUAUUUAUAAAUCUAAAGCUGAAUAAAGAUGGGAAGUGACUAUUACCAUCAAAGGGAUGCAAUUUUUGUUCCUUAAAGAAUAGAACAUUUCAUCAUGUGCUAUGGAGUUACUUUUCUUUUUCGUUUUCUUUUUUUUUUUUUUUCUGAUGUUGGAUUGUUAUGGUAAGGAGCAUUGCACUGUAAAUAUGAGCAAAAUUUGUCUGGAAUUCUUUAUGGAUGACAUCUAUGUGGUCUGUCAGAUUGGCCCAUAUAGUCACUUCUCAUAA